AUAUUCAAACCCAGAUUAAACGGAAUAAAACGGACCGGAGAAAAAGGAUCAAAGCGGCCGCUCCAUUCCGCACGUCUAUUUAUUCUCCCCGUCUCCAGUGACUUCCCAACGCCACCAAUACCACUCACCGACAAGUUCCAUCCCUUCUUCGCUCUCCAAUGGCCACUCCUCACCACUUCCUCUUUCUCUUCCUCGUCCUCUUCCUCCUUCCAUUCUCCCUCGUGAUGGCGAAGGCAGACAACUCCACGUCCGCCAAAACCGCCGCACCGAAUCCGUUUACCGCCAAAGCCGCGCUCAUCCGGUACUGGAACCGCAAGGUCCCCAACGGCCGCCCCCACCCGUCCUUCCUCGUUUCCAAACUCUCCCCCCUCUCCGCCCUUGACACCGCCUCCUUCUCCUCCCUCGCCACCUCCGGCGGCGGAGCCGCCCUCUCCUCCCGCCUCCCUGCCCUCUGCGCCGCCGCCCGCCUCCUCUGCUCCCCUUCCCUCUCCUCAUCCGCCGCUUUCCACCCCUCCGAUUCCGCCUUCGCUGGCUACUCCAACUCCAACUUCUCCAACUACGGCACCGACCGCGGCGGUGGCGCCGACUCCUUCAAGAACUAUUCGGCCUCCGAGAACACCCCCAUCGACACAUUCCGCCGCUACAGCCGCGACUCCGUCGACCACGACGACUCCUUUGCCCUUUACCAACCCGACGGAAACGUUGUCACCACCAAUUUCACCAGCUACGCCACCGCCGCCACCGGUGGCGCCGGCGACUUCUCCUCCUACGCCCACGAAGGCAACGUCCCUGAUUUGAAGUUCACCAACUACGAGGCCGACGCCAACGGCCGCGUCCAGAAGUUCUCUAGAUACUCCGACGACACCAACUCCGGCGGCCAGUCCUUCGCCGGCUACGGCAAGCAUGGCAACGGCAUCCCCCUUUCCUUCACCAGCUACGGCAACAACUCCAAUGUCAUACUCUCCGACUUCAACAACUACGGCGAGGACGGCAACGGCGCUAAUGAUACCUUCACCAACUACGGUCGCAAUGGCAACGUGCCGGAGAACAAUUUCCGGUCAUACGGCGCCGGCGGCAACGCUGCAUCGGAGAAAUUCUCCAACUACCGCGACCAAGCCAAUGUCGGCGACGACAGCUUCGCCUCCUACGCCAAACAGGGCAACGCCGGCGCCGCCGAUUUUGAGAACUACGGCAACUCCUUCAACGAAGGCAGCGACUCCUUCAACGGCUACGGCGAGGGGUCCAUCAACCACACGAUCACGUUCGCGUCCUAUUCCGGCGAUAACACUACCUUCAAGGGCUACGCCAAGACCGGAAGCAUCGGCUUCAAGAGCUACCGCAACUCCUCCACGCUCCCGUCCUCCGCCACCGCGGCGUUGACGGCUCGGCGGAGGCCGACGAGCCGGUGGGUGGUGGAGCCGGGGAAGUUCUUCCGUGAAAGCGAACUCCAAAAGGGGACGGUGAUGCCGAUGCCGGACAUCGGAGACAGGAUGCCGGCGAGGUCGUUCCUCCCUCGGUCGAUCGCCGGGCGGAUCCCGUUCUCCGCCACCGAGGUCCAGCGGGUGUUCAAUAUCCCGGCGGACACGGCGCUGGGGAAGGCGGUGGCGGACACGGUGGCGGAGUGCGAGCGGCCGCCGAGCCGCGGCGAGACGAAGCGGUGCGCGACGUCGGCGGAGGACGUGAUCGACUUCGCGGUGAGCGUACUCGGGAGCAACGUCGUGGUGCGGAGCACCGAGAACACCGGCGGGUCCAAAGGAAACAUACUCAUAGGAAAGGUGGAGGGGGUGAACGGCGGCAACAUUACGAAAUCGGUGUCGUGCCACCAGAGCCUGUUCCCAUAUCUGGUGUACUACUGCCACUCGGUGCCCAAGGUGAGGGUACACGAGGCGGACAUCCUGGCCGUCAAAACCAAGGAGAAGAUCAAUCACGGUGUUGCCAUCUGCCAUCUUGACACGUCGGAUUGGAGUCCUGCACAUGGGGCGUUUGUGGCACUGGGCUCCGGGCCAGGACAGAUCGAGGUAUGCCAUUGGAUCUUCCAGGGGGACAUGACAUGGACGGUGGCUGAUUGAUCCCAUGCUGUCUGGAUGGAUCCCUGAAAGAAGGCAGGUAAUGGAAUAAGGGGGACUUUUGAUUCUUUGGAUUUUGAGUCGACUGAAGUGAGUUGGAAAUUGUUUGUGUUUGUUAGUUUUAAAUGUAAAUCCCGCACAAAAUAGCUGCUUUUUAACUGUUGAUUUA